GGGACAGGUCACGUUUCCGGUGUCAUGUGCUGUCCAUGACGGAUGGCAGAGCCAGUUUUUCUGCUCCAAAAGUGGGACUGGGGAGGAGACCGCAACACUCAAAUAGCCGGAGCCCCGGCUGCUGCCAGCCAGGCAUCCAGGAGGUCACUUCUUUUUCAGCUCCAGGUCCUGUCUGUUCCCUAGGUGUGACUGUCUUGUGCCCCAGAGCUCUUUGGCUUUGCUGAAAUGUCGACAAUCCUGAAAUGGUUUGGGAGGGAAGAUAAGGAGAAGGAGGAGGACAAGAAAGAGAAGGAAGAAAAGGAGAAGGAAAAGACUGAGGAAGAAAAAGAGAAGGAGAAGGAGAAGCAGAAGAGGAGGAAGAAGGAAGAAGAAAAGGGAGAUGGGGAAGAGGACAGGAGCAGCAGCAGCUCUGACAGUGACUCGGAGGAGGACCAAGGCAUUGCCAAGGAUGAUGAGAAGGAAGACAAGGAUUAGUCUUGCUGUGCUGGAGCAGCAGUGCACGCCCUGGGCAUGCUGAGGAGGUGGAAAUGGCAGCUUGGGCUGGAGAGCAACUGGGCCACUGUUAGCCAAAUAAAGAUGUUGUGAUCUUCAAAGAGAAA